AUGGAAACCGAAUUCCCUCUGAGUCGUUAUAGGGCUGGCGGCGGCCAUCCAAGUGGCCAGCGCAAUGGCAUCGAAGAGACUCUCGAGGAGUCAUUCCUAAGCCACUAUGCCCAGCUAUUCAACAAAUACGCCGGAGCUGAUGGGAAGUGGCGUCGUGACCAGAUUGGCCUUUUCAUGCACCACGUUCAAGCUGAAAACCCAAAUGGUCUGGCUGCCUACCUAACCGACAACGAAGAACUGAACCUACAUGAACUGAUCAAGUAUCUCACAUCACCAUGCGGCAACAUCCUAGAGAUGGCAGUUCCUCAAGACUUAUCCUGGCCACUGAACAACUACUUCAUCAGCUCAAGUCACAACACUUAUCUCACCGGCAACCAGCUUUCCAGCGACUCAAGCGCCGAAGCAUACAAGGAUGCGCUACUACGAGGCUGUCGAUGCAUCGAGAUUGAUGUCUGGGACGGCGAAGAGAAGUGGAAACCCGGCUUUGAGAAUGAAGAACAAAAUGACGACGGAAACAACCGCGAAGUCGGCGCUGAACAACAGAAAAUUGGAUUGAGGCAGCGAACAUUCAUCAAGUUUGGCCGAUGGGCAAUGAACAAGUUCGAUCCCGUCGAUCCAGAUGGCAAAACAUUUGAUGACAGACUCGAAGACUGUAUACAUGCAGAGCCACGAGUCCUUCACGGUUUCACAAUGACCAAGGAGGUUUCCUUCCGCGAUGUCUGCGAAACUGUCCGAGAAUACGCAUUCACCACAUCUGAACUGCCACUCAUCGUCAGCCUGGAAGUACACUGCAGUCCGCUGCAACAAAACACAAUGGUGGACAUUAUGAAGGAAACGUGGAGUGAUUAUCUUCUCGACGAACCCGAGUGCGACCCUGCCCACUUACCUUCCCCUCAUGAACUGAGAAAGAAGAUUCUCAUCAAGGUCAAAUAUGUCCCGGAGGACAAGACUGAAAGUGACGCAUCUGAUGACGGGAGUCUACUCGAGGUUGUCACAGAAGGAAACGAGAAGAAGACAAAGAAGGUCAAGGCACCCAAGAUCACCUCACGUCUAAGCCGCCUGGGAAUCCACACACGCGGAAUCAGCUUCAAGUCGCUCGAUGAACCGGAGGCUACCAUGCCAAACCACAUCUUUUCACUUUCGGAGGAUGCAGCAUCAGCAAUCCAGAGACGACUGCCCAAAGCUCUAUUCUCCCACAACAGACGCUACCUGAUGCGUACCUAUCCACACGGUAUGCGCGUUGAUUCGUCCAAUUACGACCCUGUUCUCUUCUGGCGAGCUGGUGUGCAGGUAGUUGCUCUUAACUGGCAAUCCUGGGAUGUGGGCAUGAUCCUCAAUGAGGGCAUGUUCAUGGGAUCGGAUGGCUAUAUUCUGAAGCCGAAGGGAUACUGUCAUGAGAGCGCUUCAAACGACGAUGAUGUCUCAAUCCCUAGCAAGACAUUGGAGAGACUGGCCAUCACAGUGGUAGCAGCUCAAAACCUACCACUGUUGAAAAGUACCGACGACCCGGCCAAAUUUAUUCCUUACGUCAAAAUUGGUUUCCACACGGAGCCAAAUGCCUUCUCGGCUAUGACAGACGAGGAUCAGAGCCCGGAGAAGAUGAAGCAGGUUGGCUACAGUGGACAGACAUGUAAGAGCAAGGGAACAAGCCCAAGCUUCAACGAGGAAACCAUCGAAUUUCUUAAUGUUCAGGGCGUUGUCCCUGAGCUAUCCUUCCUCUCAUUCCGAGUCAUGAAUGAUGUUCCUGGCCUAGAUGUUAUGGCUGCAUGGGCGUGUGUGCGUCUAGAUCGACUUAGACUUGGGUAUCGGUUCCUUAGACUACUUGAUAAGGAUGGCAUGCCUAGCAAAGGCAUCCUUUUGGUGAAGGUGACGAUGAGGGAGGGUUCGACAUCCUAG